GCAACAACAGGAGCAGCAACAAUCCAACGAAUCCCUAGAAAAGGCCAUGGAGUCACUGUCGCUGAGCAACAACAAUAUCAACACUAAUAAUGGCAUCGACAGUAACAGCAACAGCAGCAAUACUAGCAGCAGCGAAACCAUAGCGAACAACAACAAUAACAUUAGCGGUAGUAAUAACAGCGAGUACGAGCGAUCCGUUACGGAAAAGGAGAGCCUGCUACUGAACGCCAGCGGUGCUGUUGUUGCGAACAACAAUCUUAACAACAGCACCAGCGGUGGUGUGAGCAAUGGAACGAUCGGUUCCACAACCGCCAACGACGAGGGACCGCUCGUGACGACAACGAACGGUAAGGCGGAGCCGCCAGCCACCAGUAACGGUGGCAGUCAUGGCGACAGUGCGAACACCACCACCUCGGAUCUAAUCAUCGAGGAUGCGCUGAUGGGCCAAACUAAUGGCCACAAGAACGGCACCAUCGACAACGUGUUUGAUGAGCAUGUCGGUGGCGGUGGUGGCAUUGGCGGCGAUACGGUGUCCCUAGAAUCUACCGUUCCGAUUCCUUUGGAAAUCACCGGUGAUUUCCUUUCGCCGAAGCAACCUAACUACGAUGUGACGGCGUCCUUCGAUCCUUUUUCACCUUUUGGCGGCGACGGUGACGACGACGGUGGUGCAUUUGGUGAGCAUCCGGAGCAGCAGCAAUCGUCGUUUGAUUCUUCGGCCACCUCGUCGACUGCCACAACCGAUACGACAACGAUUACGACGACUGGCACGGUGUCGGGCACCACCGGACUUGUCGCUCUUGUGAACGAGUAGGGCGCAGGAGAGAUAAACAACACACCGCAAAGUGGUACCCGCGGCUUAUCAGGUCGGUCGGCUAGAUCAUAUUUUAGGUUGAUAGUAGCACGCGCACUGCUCCAUCCCAUUCGGCCGAUUCUACAGCAGCAUGACGAAGGAAGAAAGCAUUCCUGAUUUUCAACCACCAAUACGCAUCGAUCGGAGGAUUCUCAACCCCAAUCAUCUGCUCCAUAUGCUCGGUCAAAGGGCUCAACAAACGCUCGGGCAAAGCGAUGUGUGCGUGUGUGUGUUUGUGGACCUGUAUCAGAUCUAGCAUUGGGCCCUAGAGCAGCCUAGGGGAAUGUCGCUGCCGAGUAGCUUCGCCUUUACCACCGGGCUCGUCGCUGCUAAACGCCGAAAAUGGAUGAGUUUCACUGAUAGUCAAACCACAAUAGCUAAGCAAAACUCAAACAUCUUUUGAGCAGUAGCAACCGCUCGCCCUGGGCCGAUUGGUGGGGACACAGUGCAAGUUCGCCGCUGGGUAGUGCAGUGUAGGGAAUUGUAGGUUAGCGAAGAGAAGUCGGAAACAGUAGCGCAUGUGUUUAUGAUAGGAUAGAUGUGGGGUAAAAUGUUUCGAAUGAAGAUGCAACUUGCUAGAGAUGCUAAAGAGAUGAUGUGGAAAAUCAAACGGAGAUAUAUUUAUGUAUACAUAUAUAUACACACACAAACCCAACACACACUUGUGCAUAUAAAAAAAACCUUUAUUUUUGCAUCCAGCACGUCUGAACGGCUAGCUUUGGCAUAAGAAAGAGCAUCGCGAAACUUAUGCGAUUAUUAACAAGUUCUCUACAUACUUCAUAUUGUGCAAUAAUACAGCGAGAAGAACUGAAGAAAGGUGCUUCCUAGGAAGCUCUAAUCCUGUGAACUUAGUUUUCUUGGAUACUUCAUUUAUACUUUGUGCUGAAAUCAUUCAAUUUUGUAUGAAUCACGUGUCAUGACAGGGCAAACUUCCAUUUCGCGACGUCUCCUUUCAUCUGCACUUAUGAUGUUCUUUUUCUGUUUGUUAUUCACCAUGUUAUGUGAAUAACGCUCCUCAUCGUGACGCAGUGUUGUUUCAACUUUGAUGUUCGCGUUGGUUCAUUUGAAAUGCCUGUUUGUGUGGUUCCGUGAGAUAAUUUUAUUUAUUCUGUCCUCUUUCUACUGUUCUGAAUUGUAUAGUUUUUCCAUUUUGGAAUCGAAAAUUUUGUGUUUUUUAGCAAUAUUUCUGUUAUACCAUGAGCGAAAUGUUUUAAACGUUCACUUUUAACAACCAAAUGUGUCGAAAGAAACAACCAUGAGGAAGUUCAGUUUGCUAUUAUUCUGAUCGAGCUCUUGUCGUUCACUGAUACUCACCGACUUGAGCUAAUAACGGAAAUGCGAAAACAAAUUAAACAUCUUCUUGUGCUACGAGUGAUACACUAUCGUGGUGCAUUCAUUUAGCGAGUAUGUAAUGAAAGACAGUGUGUGUCGAUAAAGGGACAGAAAGUUAGCGUAUCGCGCUGGUCUUAACUGAAGCGAAACGGAACGCAUUCAAAAUGUAGUCUUUUGCUCUUUAAAACAUGAUGCAUCACCAUUGUUAGGCACUCUGUUAAAUUGUAAAGCUGGAAAUGAACAGAGAAAAUGUGGACAAAUGUGAAACAUUUUACGCGAGGGAUUAGUAGCUAGCCUAUCGGUUCGAAACACAUCAAA